AUCGCAACCACAGAUGCUGCACGAGCUAAUAUGGAUCCCGAGUACUCCAAAGCGUCAACAAGUGUCUUCAAGAAAUGUUCGGCAAUUUGGAAUAAGCAAGGACAGUCUGUACGUGCAGCCGAUAUUGUUAAAAGCUACUGUGGUAUCUACUUAACACGACCUGUGGCGACGCGGUGGAACUCUUAUCACGAAGCGCUCGAGUGUAUUCUUCGAUUAGUCAACGAGGGUAAAGACAUCAAUGGACUGUGCCGAGCCUUGAACGUCCCAGUGUUCCAACGAGGCGAUGACUUCAAAUUUAUUGAAGAAUACUGCACAGUGAUGAGCCCACUGUGUGCUGCACUGGAUAUUCUCCAGGGGGACAAGUACAUAUUCCUCGGAUAUCUCCUUCCGACCAUAACAGUAUUGAUAAGAAGACUAGAAUACGAGGGCAUGAAGGGGCUCAAAUUCUGCAGGCCUUUGGUGACUGCGGUCCUUGAUGGGAUUCAGAAAAGGUUUGGCCAUCUGAUGGAGGACAAAGAGCUCCUCCUCGCUGCAGCCGUCCUUCCCCGUUUUAAACUCUCGUGGUUGAAGGACGUGACUCAGCACGCGGCUGUCAUGGAUAUGCUAAGAAGGGAGAUCGCAAAUAAUUCUGCAGCGAAACCCCGCCACACCCCCGUCGUAGUCACGAGACCUCGUGCUGACGAUUUUUUUGCGUUCGGCGACGCAGUAAGUGCCUCAGAAUCCACAGCAUGUACGGAAGACGACGAGCUCACGGAGUACCUGCGGAUUCCUGAGGAUCACGACAUUUCGAAGAUGAAAACUGAUUUUCCUCGUGUACAGGGGCUCUUCCUGCGAGUAAAUACCGCGGUGCCCUCAAGCGCAUCAGUUGAACGGCUGUUCAGCACAGCGGCAGAUGUGUUCACAAGAAAGCGCACAAAGCUCACGGAUGUCAACUUUGAAAAACAAUUGCUACUAAAAUGCAACGCAACCUGA